UUUGUUUUGUCUGCUUUCAAUGAGUGAAUGAUUCUAUAUCAGUGUUCAAGUUCACUCGACAAUGCUGGACCCCUCCAGAAAAAGAGUCCACUCUGCCACUUCCAAAUUCCAGAAUUAAACUAUGGCCGGCCACAACAUAUGCAUGGUUGCUACGUUUCUCCACCCUUUUGUUUUAAACUAUCAUGAGUCGUUCUCCAAUGGCAAUAAACUCAAACUAGUUCUUCACCAAUUACAAAUCACCUUGUUUAGUUCUAGAAUUCAGAAGCUUAAGCCAUGUUCUACCACCUCAAAACAUUAUGCCUCGUAUGUUUCCUUUUACUAUCCUUUGAAGUUUCACUCUGGUCAUGUGCUUCACUCCCAAACUUGGCUUCUUGCUUGCUGAAUCACAAUAUCAAAAACUUUACCACGCUCCCUUACAAAGAACACGACCAACCCUCUUCCUAUAAUUACUUCAAAAUUCUUAAUUUUUCCAUCCAAAACCUUCGGUUCGCAGAGCCCGUGAUUCCCAAGCCAGUAGCCAUUGUAUUGCCGGAGAGUUUGGAGCAGCUGCAGAAAAGUGUAGCGUGCAGUAGAGAGAGCUCCAUGGAAAUCAGAGUAAGAUGUGGCGGACACAGCUAUGAAGGGACUUCGUAUGUGUCUGAUGAUGGCACUCCUUUCGUGAUCAUUGACAUGAUGAAUUUGAACCACGUUUGGGUGGACAUGGAGACAGAAACAGCAUGGGUUGAAGGUGGUGCAACACUGGGAGAGACUUACUAUGCAAUCUCUGAAGCAAGCAACGAGCAUGGAUUCUCAGCUGGGUCAUGUCCAACCGUUGGUGUCGGAGGACACAUUGGAGGUGGUGGUUUUGGGAUGCUGUCUAGAAAAUAUGGUCUUGCAGCAGACAACGUUGUGGAUGCCCUUCUUGUUGAUGCUGAUCAAAAUUUGUUGGACCGUGAAACCAUGGGAGAAGAUGUGUUCUGGGCUAUUAGAGGAGGAGGAGGUGGUGUUUGGGGGAUCAUCUAUGCCUGGAAAAUCCAGUUGCUGAAAGUGCCACAGGUUGUAACAAGUUUCACUGUCUCAAGAACAGGCACAAAAAGCCAUGUUGCAAAUCUGGUGCACAAAUGGCAACAUGUGGCACCAAACUUGGAAGAUGACUACUAUCUGUCAUGCUUCGUUGGUGCUGGUUUGCCCCAGGCUAAAACCAAAGGGUUAUCAGUAACACUUAAUGGUUUCUAUCUUGGUCCUAGAACAAAUGCUGUAUCCAUUCUAAACCAGAGUUUUCCGGAGUUGGGUGUUACAGAAGAAGAAUGCAAAGAAAUGAGUUGGAUUGAGUCAAUUGUUUUCUUCUCUGGCCUAAGUGAUGGAGCUUCGGUGUCUGACUUGAAGAACAGGUAUCUGCAAGAAAAGGAGUAUUUCAAGGCGAAAUCAGAUUAUGUGAGAAAGCAUGUUCCUCUUGUGGGGAUAGAAACUGCACUGGAAAUCCUUGAAAAGGAGCCAAAGGGAUAUGUUAUUCUUGAUGCUUAUGGUGGAAAGAUGCAUAAUAUAAGCAUUGAUGCAAUUGCUUUUCCUCACAGAAGAGGAAACUUGUUUACAAUACAGUAUCUGAUAUAUUGGAAAGAAGGUGAGAAUGAGAAAAGCAGUGAUUAUGUAGAUUGGAUAAGAGGGUUCUAUGAUGCUAUGACUCCCUUUGUUUCUUCGGGUCCAAGAGCUGCAUAUAUUAAUUACAUGGACUUUGACCUUGGAGUGAGGAAGAGGAUAAGUAAUGGUGGUGAUGAGAAAGAUGGUGUGGAAAGUGCAAGAGAUUGGGGUGAAAAGUACUUUUUGAGUAACUAUGAGAGAUUGGUGAGGGCCAAGACUAUGAUUGAUCCUAACAACGUUUUCACCAAUGAACAGGGCAUUCCUCCUAUGUCUUUGGUCUCUCACAAUUUCAGAGCACAGAACAAAGAAAUGAUGCUAUAUUUGUAAAUGAUGUCACUGUGAUCCCCUGCAUCAGUGAAGAAAAUCCCAAGAGUGUGCUUUAAAAUUUAUGUAGUCAGUUAAAAGUUGAAUUGAAUAUGGAACCUAUGCAAAAUCUAGAUUGGUUCAAAACAUGAAAUGAAAUAUCUCCCAUUGUCCUUUUCUUUGGGAAUGUAUCUCUACAUGAGUGUUUAGUACAGUCUC